AUGAAGGUAUAUAUAAAAAGCUAUGAGAAAGUGGUACCACUUAUACCAGUCAUUGAGUCGCCGACUGUCCGGGAAAUACCGAAAUCUCCAGAUCUGCCGAACGUAUUGUUCGUUGGCAUCGAUUCGGUGUCGAGACUGCAGUUCGACCGACACUUUCCCAUCACUGCCCGCAAUGUCAUCAGUGGACAGGGAUUUCACACAAUGUAUGGCUAUAACAAAGUGGCCGACAAUACCUUCCCAAACCUCACACCACUCCUCACCGGACUUUAUGUCGAAAACCUCUGGAAUGAGACAAUGAACGCACAGUUUGACUACUUUCCCUUCAUAUGGAAAGGGUUCGCCGACCCCCCGACUGACUACUAUCUCAGACCUUACUACCUGGCCAUGGACUCUAAUACUAAGGAUUAUUGCUACUUGGGUCGAGUGGAACUGGAGGUAUAUUACGAGUAUUUGUUGGGCUUUAUCCGUGCAAUGAAUGCCAGAAAACAGAAGUACUUUGCGUUUCAUUUCAUGGCUCGACUCACACACGAUAUCCUCAAUAAUGUCGGAUAUUUUGAUGCCAUUAUUGAUAGACUUUUUGGACAAUUAUUUGCCGAGAAUUUGGUGUCGAAUACAGUAAUCGUGUUCUUCUCAGACCACGGGUUGAGGUUCGGAGACAUACGACAGACACUGUCGGGAAGAUACGGUUCCCGCAAUCUGACGAUCAAUGAGCACCGACUUACCACUCCUUUCGACAUACACUCAACGCUUAGGCAUAUACUCGAAGGUAAACCCAAUACUACUUUAAAAUAUGGGUUAUCCCUAUUGGAGGAGAUCCCAUACGAUAGGAGCUGUGAUAGUAUACCCGUAUUAGAGCACUGGUGUGUCUGUCAUAUAAGUCGACGCAUACAUGACUUACACAGCGUUAGACCUAUGGCUGAGUUUGUGGUCACAAAACUCAAUGACUUACUGCACGAC